UGUCCGGUCCUGCACAAUGGGCCAUGGAGUUCCCGUUCGAUGUGGAUGCGCUGUUCCCGGAGCGGAUCACCGUGCUGGACCAGCACCUGCGGCCUCCGGCCCGCCGACCCGGAACCACAACGCCGGCCCGUGUGGAUCUGCAGCAGCAAAUCAUGACUAUUGUAGAUGAACUGGGAAAGGCCUCUGCCAAGGCCCAGCACCUCCCCGCACCCAUCACCAGUGCUUGUAGGAUGCAGAGUAACCGCCAUGUUGUUUAUAUACUAAAGGACACUUCAGCCCGAUCGGCAGGGAAAGGAGCCAUUAUUGGUUUCCUCAAAGUUGGAUACAAGAAGCUCUUUGUACUGGAUGACCGUGAAGCUCACAAUGAGGUAGAACCACUUUGCAUUCUGGACUUUUACAUCCACGAGUCGGUGCAGCGGCAUGGCCACGGGCGAGAACUCUUUCAGUAUAUGUUACAGAAAGAGCGAGUUGAACCACACCAGCUGGCCAUUGAUCGACCGUCACCAAAGCUGCUGAAGUUCCUGAACAAGCACUACAACCUGGAGACCACAGUCCCGCAGGUGAACAACUUUGUGAUCUUUGAAGGCUUCUUUGCCCAUCAGCAUCGGCCCCCAACUCCCUCUCUGAGGGCAACUCGACACUCUCGUGCUUCGGAGGUCGAUCCCACGCCUGCUGCUCCAGCACGGAAGCUGCCACCAAAAAGGGCAGAGGGAGACAUCAAGCCAUACUCCUCCAGUGACAGAGAAUUCCUGAAGGUGGCUGUGGAGCCUCCUUGGCCCCUGAACAGGGCCCCCCGCCGUGCCACCCCUCCGGCUCACCCACCCCCACGCUCUAGCAGCCUGGGAAGCUCUCCAGAUCGGGGUCCCCUCCGACCCUUUGUGCCAGAGCAAGAACUGCUCCGCUCCCUGCGUCUCUGCCCCCCACACCCCACUGCCCGUCUUCUGCUGGCCUCUGACCCUGGGGGCAGCCCAGCCCAGCGCAGACGCACCAGCUCCCUUCCCCGCUCUGAAGAGAGUCGAUACUGACAGCUACCCCUUGCCCUCCUCCUUCCCAACCCACAACUCACUCUUCCAUCAAGAUGUUUUCUUCCCCUUUCUUGAACAGCUGGGUUGCCAGGGUUCUAAAUAGCCUAACACUUUGUAGCUUUUCUUACCACAGAAGACACCCCACACUCCCAACAUGUGCUCUGAAUACUCUCCCAUAGACAGCCCAUUCUGUUCCUAGAACUCUUGGGCUAAAUGGCUCCUACUGACUCCCUAGAGAAGCACAUUCUCUGCUUAUGGUCAGACUCCAGACCAUCAGAGAAGGUCCAAGGGCCCCUUCCACCAGGGAAACCUUUAAGGAGUAUCCUGUCAAAGGAGAACUCCCUCCACAGUGCCCACUGGUAGCUCUGAUCCUGCAUCCUGCUGCCAAACAAGCCUGUCCCUUAGUCUGCUGAUGCCAGCCUGUGAGCAAGCUCUGCUUCAGAGCAGUCCAGGCUGGUGAGACAAGGACUCCUUGGCUUCCCAGCAGGGUCCUCCCAACAUUGCCAAAAUCGUACUUUCCGAUGUGUAGAUGUGUCAGAUGUUGCUUUCCUCAGAUGAUCUGAGUCUCUCUUGGCAGUAGAGACAGUAGAUCCCAGCAAACGCCCCAGGACCACGUAGCUGUGUCUCUGAAGAUAAGCCUGGUCCAUUAGUUCCUGGACGCCCCCUAACCUCCCUGCCUCCCCAUAAAUAGACUUGUGAGAUUGUCUUGAGAUGACUCCUUUCCCUCCAUAGGAAGAUUCUCCUUCCCUGCCUCCAUGCCCCCGCCCCCGCACGUGUGGUAGAUCAGGUGCCCCACUGUGUUCAAGUCCUCGGGAGCAGGACCUCCCUUCCUCCCUCCUUCCUCCUCCCUCAGUGUUGUCUCAAUAAAGUGUGGAUUCUUCUGUGUUUUCUAAAUUGACAUUUUCAAUGAAAAACAGUGUAAGGUGUCAGCUUCAUUUGUGCGUCAAUGUUUUCCUGGGGUCUCCUCUCCUCUCCAUUCUGAGAUCUGCAGCAGAGCUGAGUCCCCCGCCCCCCUUUUGAGGGUCUGCCCCUGCCCAUCUCUAUUGCUGAUUCUAUCAGCAAUAGUUGCAGUAACUCUGUGGACCUCUCUAUCCACUUGGGAGCUAACUUUAGGUCCCUCCCCCAGUGACUUCUGCCUCCUUCCCCUGGCCAGCCCUGGAUAACGUGUUAAGAUUUGCUGGGAUCUUGGGAUUCAUUAACCUCAGGACUGUUUCAUGUCUGCCCCACUAAUCCCUCGGUGCUCUCUCAAGACAAGUCCUACCUACUAACCAUCCCCACAGGGUACCAGGCAUGAUGGCACAUGCCUUUAAUCCCAGCUCUUAGGAGGCAGGUAGAUCUUGAUAAGAGUUUGAAUCAAGCCUGAUCUACAUAGCAUGUUCCAGUCCAGCCAAGCUACAUAGUGAAACCCUGCUUCAAUAAUGAUAAUGAUGAUGAUAAUAGUAAUAAUAGUCCAACAGAGUCUGUCAUCCUCCCGAAAAGACAGCCCUUUCCUCCUAAAUUUGGCCUUGCUACUCUGGUCUGAGAUCUUAUACUUAAGGUAACUAUGUUUUCAAACAUCAGGGCACAUGGUCCAACAACCCCUUUUUUGCAUGCACGAGUGU